AUGUCCGACUACCCUGAAGAAGUGGCAGAUGAGAUACGCUCCCUUCGUAGUCAACUCAUCCAAUACGAGAGGAAGUCGUCGCGACCAACCCCAGAGAGUUGUGCUGAGCCAAAGACUCAAAGACCUGCAUCUGGUUCAACCAGUAAUGCAAUGGAAAGUGCCAUGGGCCAGUUCAUGCAGAAAGCCAUGACCGACGCCAUGGCCGGCUACUUCAACAACAUGAACAGUGGUUAUCCUCAGACUCAGGAGCAGUUUAUUCAAACCCAUCGUGGUGCGAAUAGCCAACCUGAGCGCGACGAUAACAACUCGGCCAAGCCCUCUGAGGACCAUGAUAAACGAGCUGAGCGACGAGAGAAACCGAGGAAACCUGUGAUUAUUGAAGAAGUUAGUGAUUGCGACGAUGAUGAGGAAUCAGUGCGCGACAACAUCGAAAAGAGAAAGGAACUGCCAUUUGAGAAAGUCAAGCCCGUUCUACAAGAACCAGUACAUUCUUCAAAAGCGCGCGUUCCAGAUAAAUACCAGUUGCGUGCACCAAUUCAAAAGAAGGCUGUGGCAGAAGCAGUCUACGACAAAAUGAAAAACGCGUCAGUCGACGUCACUGUGGGUGAACUCCUAGCAGUUUCGGGGACUGUCCGCGACUCCAUCCUGAAGGACUCUUCGAAGAAACGAGUACCGGUUCAGAAGUCCAUGCUUCAAGAAACUCGUCGCGUCGUUGAAGACGUUUGGGAUGGAGAACUGAGCUACAACCUAUUGAAGGAGAAAUUCCCAUUGGCGCAGUUGUCGCGACGGACCCAUAUGAGAUGUACUUGGAGUUGA